AUGAGAGCCAUCGUUCUACUCUUCAGAAAAAGGACAAUAACCGACAGCGAGGAAUACAUCUUCCCAAGCUUCGAAAGAGUAAAGGUUACGAUAGAGGGAAAGACGAAUGCCGUAUACAUUCAGGGCUUAACAACGGGAAAUUUCUACGACAAAUCAAAAAGACUUUUCGGAAUAGCCAACAACACCGGCAACGAUAACAUAAGCGUCAGGAAAUUCUACAAAGAUAAAUUCGCAUUGGUGGUUGAUCUGAGAGCUGUUGACGACAGCCAUGUCGUUGGAAGUGGAAAAAAGCUUCUCGGCGAUAAUCCCGGAAUUCUUCUGGAGAUCGGAACCGAUGGGAUGACUGAAGACAUUCUCUGUAACAUUUUCGUGUUAUGCGAUGGACUUAUAAACAUCAGCGAAAAGACCCUUCAAGGUAUUAGUUACUAAAUAAUAAAAGAUGGAACCAUUGGAAACGCCGUUCAACAUGAUCAUUCUCGGAAUGACCGGAUGUGGAAAACCUAUUACCUAUUAAAAAUGUUGGAGAACGAUUAUAAAAACCACUUUCACUAUAUAUUCUUAAUAUGUCCUACAUACGAAUGGAAUAAAACGUAUCAGGACUGGAAAUACAAUAAAGAUAAGGACUUUAUAGCCAUGCUCUGCAAACAGGAUGAUGUAACUCCGUGCUUAGAAUACGUUUCACGGUUCGCAGAAGGAACGAACAGUCUAAUCAUCCUCGACGACUGUGCUAGUAGUCAAUCCGUCAAAAACAGGACCAGCGAAUUGGUAAAACAUGGGUUUAGCGCUAGGCAUAUUGGAAUCUCAACCAUCGUUAUCACUCAACAACUUACGUCCAUUGCGAAACCCUAUAGAGAAAAUAUAUCCAAACUCGUAACCUUCUACAACCCGAGCGCAAAUUAUACGAACAUCAUAUUGGACGAUUACCUGGCAAACACGGAAAAAGAAGAGAAAAAAGAAAUCAUUAAUACGCUAAAAAACAACGACUACGCCAGGCUGGAAAUACUAUUACGCCGACCUUAUACCCACAAAUAUUAUUCCGCAUAUUAAAUAAAGGAUUGGAAACCAUAUUCGAAUCUGUAGAACCUGAGACACCUGUCGCAAGCGACCUAAGGGAAAAUGUAUUGAAACUGGUCGACGCAGGUGAAAUCAACACCUCAAAAUAUAUACUAGAAAAUACAUGCAUGCAGAAACCCUCGCCUUGCUGACAAACAGACAAAACCAUUGUAUUUUCCGAACAUGAAGUAUCUGAAGUAGUUGUCAUGGUAACACGAUAAUUUUUUAAGAAUAUUCUUACAAAAUGAAAAAUCGCCAAAAAAAAUAUCACUUUUAAUUACAAAAUUAUUAAUUUCCCAACAUAUAUAUGUUAGGUAUGUUAUUAUACGUAUUAUAAGCCUCGAUUUAAGGUAAAAUUCAACCACAAACGCUUCGCAAAACGUUUUAAAGUCACGAGUGUUCUUUAUAAAACUAAACUUUCUUUUAAAAUGGCUUUAUCGAUAAACUUUGAGUUUGCAAUAAAAUGACUUCAAAUUCUCGCCUGCAAAUAACUCUGCUUUCUUUUUUAUUUAAAAAAUUCAAUAUUAUAAAAAAGGGAAUCAAUAUUACUAAAGAUACACUGAAAUAAUAUGCUGUCUUGUUUAGUUGUUUCAUAUAUGCAAAGCCGUUGGGUUUUAAAUUAAAUCCACUAUAAAAUCAAUAUUUAAAACAAACUUACCUUCGUUAACGUCGGAUCACUUCUUUUAGCCGAUUCUUUCGCCCUUUCUUUCUUGAAAUUUACAAAAUCUUGCAAAAAUGCGAACGAAAAUGAAAUAUAUUUGUGAUAUUUGCAAGAAAUUUAUCAAUCAUCAAAUCAGAUCAAAUCAAGAAAUGUUUGCUAUUUCGCUGUCGUCAUGCAGUCGUUAUAAUGCAAACUUUAAAUUGGACCAAUCAGUUUUCGCUAUUCAUGACAGUCCGCCACAUAUUUUGAGAUCAGUGAGGAUGACCACCCACCGAAACAUCGUUGGUGAGCUACGCCCGCGAUAUUUGAUGAACUUUAGACUUCGCUAAUGCUUUCGUUUCCCCGGGUGUAAAUAGCCGGGGGGAAUUAGUACCCUCGCACGGCGCUUCGCGCCGUCGGCUCGGGGAAAAAAAGCAUCCGAAAAGACGUUGGAAAAUAUAUACAAAGACUACGAAAGACAACGUCUGGAAAACACAAACAGGCAACUAGCUGACGUCAUCAUUACCAAGUUUUCCGAACUCAUGGAGGCGUUGGACGCUGUUAAGGAUGCUGAUGGAAUGAAAAAAGAGCUGGAGGGAAACGAUCUGCUUAAAAAAGACAUAAAAAACCUCGUCAGUUACGUAACACCAUACAUCGCACUCAUUGGAAUACUAAGUGGAGGAAUCACCGGCCGUCGGAAAAACGUAAUCACUACACGGGCAAUCUGUUCGGAAAGGGAGGGAUAAAGGUUAACAGCUAAUAGAAAGAAUUUUUCUAUAAAAAAAGCUGAAUCAGCAUUUUUGAAAAAAUUUUUUUUCCCUAUAUAAUAAAAAGGACAAUGAAUACACGCAGGAAAGUUCAUUUGAACUUCGCAUGCUCUGAAGAAAUGACGGAGUUCAUAACGGAAAUGUGUGAAGACACAUCCUUUAACAGCGCUGGUUUUACUUACCUGGACGAAGGAACCGGUUGGGAUGCUGACACCAGGUUCUGACUCGUAGGAGAAGCGGGCGCUAUAAUUAUGGGUGUGAACGCGAUCCCUUUCGGUCCGCCGAUAGGUGUCGUCGUUUUCCUCACCGUACCGGAGGAUGUGACGCUUGGAGAGAUAAAUAACUUCACGCUGGACGGUCCGGAGUUCGGCAUUAAUUUGGGACGGCCCGACGAUUUCGCAGAGUCGUGGGUGUUUUCCAUACCGUCCUUACGUGCCCGUUACUAUGCUAUGGGAAAUCUGUUUAGGAUACGGUGGAAAGACCGAUCGGUAAUGCCUGCUGAGUACGAAAACAGCUUAGCCGUCAGCGGUAUUGAUGCUCUUUAA